AUGACAUUUUCGAGCACGAUCACGUGUCUAUCCUGCUUCAUCACACUGAUCGUGACUCAAGUGGUGACGGCUUGGUCUGGGUCCGUAACUUUCUAUUACAACCGCUGGCACGACAAAGCGGGCGGGACCUACACGUACCAUAUCGACGACUCGCAGCAGUGUAUCAACCUCAGCUGCUUCAAUGACCGCGCAACGUCACCCGACUGGAGUGACAUUGUCAAGUGGGGGGCCUUUGAUGGGAAGUCUCGAAUCGCCUUCUACACCGGAAAGGACUGCACUGGCACCGUUUCAGAUUGGGACAUCAAGCACCCGAACGGGUACCCCGGCAACUUCUUUCUGGACGGAAUCGAUAAGCAAAUAUCGUCGUUCAUGAUCUGGCAGUUCGACAAAAAAGCGAAAUCGACCUCGCUGCCGUGUCCAUGGGACUUCGAGUGCUGCUUGUGA